GGUGGCAGGUUUUUUUGUUGUACUGUUUUAUUACUCAUAGCUUCUGCGCUUCGCAUUUAAUUUCAGUGGUGACGCUACCGUAUCUUCCCGCGCACACCAAUGGACGAUCCCGGCGCGGUGAAAUUGGGCGGAAACUGAUGAUGCGAAAGCGACACACAGAGUGAUCGUAGAGGAAGAGAGACUCUGCAAUACAGUGCCUCUCUUGAAAAGUGUCAGUGGUCUAGAAGAUAUCGGAGGGGUGUCAGUGGUCCAGAAGAUAUCGGAGGAGUAGGGUGAUAUUUUAAGGCACGCCUGGUCUAAGUUACCGACCUGCGUAAACUCUUUGCUUCUAGACAGAGCAGCCCAACAAUCCAUCCGGUUUCACGGAGUGCCCUGAUCGGACAGUGAUAUAGACUUUCUUGUCGAUUCAAAACUCUUGUUUCGCUCACAGUGGUUGGAGGAGGAACACCAUUAAGGAGCGGGCGUACUCCGAGUCUACCUAUGCUGGAUAGAUUCUAUACCGAGUUUGUGCUCCGUGUGCAGCAGUGGAAGUAGCGAACUCAGCGCAGCGGGGAAAAUCCACGGCCGAGAUUGCUGUCCUGUUUUGGCAACUAUUGCGACGGAGCCGGGGUACACCGUGUGAUCCAGCUUCCGUGCCGGCGCCCCCUGAGGACAGCUACCGGUACAGCCGGACCUAAAACCCUCAACUCGACUCGCUCUCUUGCCUUCACUCCUCCCGCGCCGUGCCGCCGAAAAUAUUCCACCUUUGCUCCCAAGGAAGCGCUUCCUUCCCCCCGAGUGUUUACAGAGUAUACCUGCCUGCAAACCUGAACCCAACAUCCCCUGUGUAUUCCGGCAGACCCAUCAGCCGCCAUGUCGUGGUUGACCACGCCGGAGACGGGCACGACGGCCAACCAGUCGCUUGCGACCAUGGACGAGGAUAGCUCGUCGAGCGAGAGUUGGUACGACUUCGAGUGCGACUACGAGUGGCCAACGCAAGCCGUUACGGUCGUACUGUGUAUCGUGUACAGCUUGCUGGGCUUAACAGGCUUCAUUGGUAACCUGAUCGUGGUCUACACCAUCUUCUUCAAGAAGGGCCCGCAGAGCGUCACCUCCAUGCUGCUGUGCAGCCUGGCCAUCUCGGACCUCAUCGUGGUCACCAUCUACCUGCCCUUCAAGCUGGCCGAUCUGGUGACCGUCUCCUGGGUCUUGGGCCCCGUACCUUGCAAGCUCGUCGGUUAUCUGAACCUGGUGUCACCGGCCUGCUCGGCCUGUAUGCUGAUGGUCAUUGGCUUAGAACGGUUCAUCGUGAUUUUGUUUCCCUUGAGGGCGCGCUCUCUCAUCACCAGGCUCAAGGCAAAGUUUAUCGUGGCCGGCACGUGGAUUAUAAGUUUCAUUCUUGCCAUUCCCGGCCUGUUACUUCAGCACCAUGCCCUGAGUCCAAUUACGGGUGAAGUUAUCUGCUACAAAGAGUACCAGGACAUAGAGGCGCUGCAGAAGGGCUUUCCGAUGUACUGCCUGCUGGUUUUCUACAUCAUUCCCUUGUUCGUCAUGGGCUUCGCCUACACCACGGUGUGUCUGCGGCUGUACGCCAGCGCCAAGACCUCGCGGGGCCUGCAGAGCAUGAAGGCCGGCGGGUCGUCGACUGCGAGUAAGCCGCUCCGGACGACAGCCAACAACAACGCCAACGGAUUCAGCGCUACGACCAACCCGAACCUCGUCCCGUCCUCGGUGGACGAUGACCCGUUCUCGGGCGGCUCGGAGACACGGGCGACGACAACAGGCGGGACAAGUCAAGUGAGAAAACCUCGACGGCAGCGGAGACCAGUCUCUCUUAAAGACCGACAACAGGUUAUACUGAUGCUGAUAUUAGUAGUGGUCCUAUACGCUGUUACGUGGGGCCCCAUGUUGAUGAUCAUGGUCCUCUUUGCCUUCGAAGCCCUCAACUCGCUGUGUAUGAACGUUAUCUUCCAACUGUCUGCUGCCACCCACGUGCUAACCUUCCUCAAUAGCGCCAUCAACCCCGUGGUCUACAGCUUCAUGUCUCGUAACUUUCGCCAGAACGUGAUGGAGGCCCUACGGGACACCGUCCGGUGCUGCACCCGGGGCGGGCGGCGGCAGAAGUACGGUGGCGGGCGUGGGGAGUCGGCGUACCAAAGCUCCCGCUACAGCACCACUAUGGUCACUCAGGCCAGCUCGGUCCGGAGGGGGCGAUCAACCAGCGACGGAAACUGCUCGCCUAGCAGGGGUCAAAACAUCGAACUGACCCAGUAUACCAGACUACCCAACACCGAAACAACAGCUUGAUCGUUAACAUUUGAGCCCCUAUAGCCAUCCUGAACCAAAAAGCCAGCUGAUUUGCAACGCAAAAGUCUUAAGUGCAGAGCUGUCAGUAAACAGACACGACGAUAAAAUGGCAGGUUGGACAAAGGAAAGGCUGGAAAUAGGAGGAAAAGAAGGCAACACCCAUGGCAAAAGUCAAAACCCGAGGACUCACCAGCGACUGUCAGACGGUUGGAUCUGUCCGUAAACAGCACCGAUAACAAGCUGUUUGACACUGUGGAUACAGACACUCGUUUUGUAAUCGAACAGCAGCGUGGGGCCAAGGGAGUCAAGUAUUUGACGCGCAGGACGCAGCACAGGAGGUGUUAUUCAUUUGCGUCUGUACCGUAAUCCCGAGCGAGGUUGCUGGCAACCAAACUGUGAACAAAUUUUAGAGGGUUGCGCUACAAGUCUCUUCGUACAGAGAACAGACGAGCAAGUGAGACAAAUUCACGGCCGUUGAAAUGAGUCGUCGAAGCAAGUUGGUGAAGAUGAACCAGUAUUAACUUUCAAACUUAUAAGCCCUAAAGAUAUAGGGGAUGACACUUAUUUUCUGCAAAGCACAAUUUGUCUGUAGGGCCUACAGCCAUGAUUUUGUUUUAGGUGAUUUCACUGAACUUUUUUUCUCAAAGGAUGUUGGUUGGUGUGUCCGCCUGUGUCUGGAAAGGAUGAUUUUGUUUAUUAAGGGAAAGAGGGGACAGAAGUGGUAAGAACUUCACCUAGUUUAGGGUAACCAUUUCAGAAUUCCUCCCGUCAGUCAGUGGCAAAGAGGGCGUGGUUUCUGUGAAUGGUCGAGCCGAAAGCAUUUACUGAUUCUAGUGGACAGGUGUACGACUCGGUUGAAAAGAAAUUUCGGGUCAUUGCAUUUUUUUAAUUAAAAUUUACCUCAGUGUUAAUUUUAACACAACCGCUUUUUCGAAAGGUUUUUUCAAUUCUGUUCAGUGAUGUGCGUCUCCGGCCGAAGGCGUUUGUUGUGGCGGGCUUUUUGGGACGCUUGGUGGCAGCAAAUACGACGGUCCUUUUCUAUUGUUGACGCCAUUUUGAACAUGCGCACAUUAGUUUAAACAUGACGCAAACAU